AAUAAGUACACAGAUACAGACAUGGGAAGUGAGCAUUACUGCCUGAGGUGGAACAAUCAUCAGAGCAACUUGCUGGGUGUGUUCAGUCAGCUGCUGGAGUCCGAGUCGCUGGUGGACGUGACGCUGGCGUGCACGGAGGGCCCGUCCAUACGCGCGCACAAGGUCGUACUCUCGGCGUGCUCGAGUUACUUCCAGGCCCUGUUUCUCGACCAUCCGAACCGCCAUCCCAUCGUUAUACUGAAGGACGUGCGCUUCGCCGAGCUGCGCACUCUCGUCGACUUCAUGUACAAGGGCGAGGUCAACGUCGAGUACUGCCAGCUGUCAGCUCUCCUCAAAACGGCCGAGAGCCUCAAGGUCAAGGGCCUCGCCGACAUGACCAACAUCAACACGGCGGCCGUGCACCAGCAGCAACAAUCACAGCCAACACUCGCCUCCAGGGAUUCGGAGUCGUCCCUGCUGGCGCCGUCCUCUGCGACGCUGCCUCAGCUCCACCAUCACCACCAACAGCAACAACAACAACAACAACAACAACAACAACAACAACAACAACAACAACACAACUCGUCGUCCUCUUCCACGACCUCCUCGUCCUCCUCCUCGUCGACGUCGUCGUCGUCGUCGGCGGUGUCCGCCAACUCGACUACGGUGCAGGACGUGCCGGACGAGAGGUUGCACUGCAACAACAGCAGCUACCGGGGGAGGAAUAGCGAGCGCGAUCGGGACUGCAGGGACCGGGACAAGGCAGAGCGGGACAAACGGGACACGAGGUCGAGGGAGCGCGAGCUCAACAGCAACUUGAGCCUGUGCGUGGUGAAGAACGAGUGCGGCUCGGACGACGUGGACAUAGACGAGGAGGACGAGUGCCCGGCGUCGCCGGUCUCGAGGACGAGGACGAGGAUGGGUGCGACGACGCCAGGGGCAGCGACGGCGAUGACGACGGCGCCGAGGCCGACAAGCCCCUGCGUCGGGCCUCUCGCGUUGGACCGGCCGCGGUCGAGGCGUGACUCCGACUCCCCGGCUAGCAUGGAAGAGACGAGGGGCUCGGUCAGUCCCUCGUCGGCCCACAGUGGUCCUAGCGACAUGAGUCUCAGCAAUAAUAACAACAACAAUAACAACAACAACGGCAGCAGUGGAGGAGGUGGUGCUUGCGGCGUCGCCCCGGUAACGAUACCGAUCGGCAGCCUCGUCCAGGGUAGACUUCCGUCCCCGCACAGCACGGAGCCUCUAGCGGGGCCCUCCGGCUUGCCUCCGGUUCAGCAGGUGCCGCUGUCGCUGAAGAAGGAAGUGGACUGGGAGAGGUCGACAGAGGAGCGGAGCGCGAGUAGCGAAAUGUCCAGCGACUACAGACUUCCACCGGAUCCGGUCUCAUUGGCUCUGAGCCUCGAAUCGGCCAGUUGGGCGGCCGCCGCCAGUGGCGAGGGUGGCUCCGCUGCCUUGCUAACCUCAGCAGGUUUCGCCGCUGGCCUCGCCGGCCUGGCUCGCCGCUGCGGCGUCUGUCUCGCGAGCUUUCCAUCCGCCUGGCUACUCGAGCGCCACGCCUUGCUGCAGCACGCCGGCCUGCCCGGGGACGACAAGCCCUUCACCUGCGAGCAGUGCGGCCAGCGCUACCGCUACCGCUCGGCCUACGUCAAGCACCGCGAGCAGAACCACCGCGCCCGGCUGCCCGCGGACAAGCUCUUCACCUGCGAGGUCUGCGGCAUGCAGUUCAGGUACCUCAAGUCAUUCAAGAAACACCGGCUGAACCAUGCGCUCGAGCGCCUGCAGCGACCGCCAUCAAGCGAGUCACAGCUCCCGAACGAACGCAGCGACCAGGUGUCGAGCACCGGUGAGCCAUCCGUCCAACUGGAGACGAGCAGCGCGGGCGACGCCAGUCCCAUCCAGAUGGACUCGGAGGGGGACCACCGAGAACCGCGUGCCGAUCGAGCCGACACGCCGACGAGGCCCGAAAGCCGCGAGGGAACCACCGCGGGCUCCGAGACCACGAGCGUCCAGGAGAGCCCCGGCGAGACCGCGACCCCGCCCCACCAGCAGGACUACACGGGUGGUGCUCAUACAUCGGUAGCUUCGGCGGCGCAAACGGCUCAGGCGCCCAUCAGCGGUGGCAGCGACGCCGAGAAUGACGAGACGAUCGAGGUGGACGCAACGACGACGGGUAACACCGCGAGCGUGGACAUCAACACGAGCCUGAACCUGACUGUCGGCCGAGCGCGGACCCCGAGCAACAACAACAGUCACCACAAUCACCACGACGCGGACAGACGGGAGCGGCGUUUUGCGUGCCCGUUCUGUGGCAAGUGCGUCCGUUCGAAGGAGAACCUCAAGUUGCACGUGCGCAAGCACACGGGGGAGCGGCCGUUCGUUUGCUUGUUCUGUUCACGGGCGUUUGGCGGCAAGAGCGACCUAACUCGGCACCUGAGAAUACACACGGGCGAGCGACCCUAUCACUGCGAAAUGUGCGGCAAAUGCUUCGCCCGGGCCGAUUACCUUUCCAAGCACCUCACCACCCACAUACACCAGCGCUGAAAACAACAGCGCUCCAAGUCGAUCGACGACCAAUCUCCGUGAUGGAUUUUGUGGAGCCUCAGCUAUGUGAUUACCAAACAUUAUUUUUCUUUUUAUUAUUCACUUUUCUCCUCGUCUUUGAGCGCUAAUGCUUUUUUGUUGGAUUCGAGACGAAUGGACUCGCGCACCGGGACUAUUCUCGGCCUACGAACAAUUUCCUCGAGGUGCGCGUAACGAUAUUCAAGAUCGAUAAGAGUAUUACCGAACUCAUCCACUCGGACGAAAAUUAAUGGUAUAUUGGAAACGUAGAUGGUAAAAAUUUUCAAACAUCAACCAUAAAGAGUGAGAUAAAUCACUUGAAUCCUGCAAUAAACAUGUUUGUGACGAAAAUAGGAGUCCGAGUCGUGGAGUGAGAAAGAUUGUGUGAGAAUGAAUAUAGUACCUAACGAAGAUAAAACCGAGCCAAAGUCAACAAUAAUGUUACUCGAUGCUAGUGAACAUGUAACCAAAGAGCGUAGCAAUGGCCUAAUUGUGAAGCAUCAGAGUAAAAAUGAUUAUUCAAAAUGUUGAAACACCUACCAACAAUUUCCUCUAAACCAAAAAAAUGUCCCUUCAACCUGAUUGAAACGAAAUAAAAUAGUGUUAGGGUGACGAGCGUUUGAGUUUUAAGUACGAUUGGGCAGUGCUUUCUAACUUCGGUCUAAUUGCUGUGAUUAGGUACACACGUUUCUGUCACACGAUACAUUACAGUCGUAUAAUUGUUAUCUAUAAACUAAAAUUUUUCUUUUUUGUUUCAUUUUAGUUCAUCAGCAAGUGUGACAUUGUACAUACAACGUAUAAGAAUUAAAAGAUAAGUUGAAUGUGAUAAUACAUGUGCCAAUGUUUUUCAAGAGUGUAUUAACGAUUUAUUGCAAAGCAAGCUGUUUACAUUUCAAUGUUGACUUCGUUAACGCACAAUAUUGAUCUAGCCAAAAAACGAGAACUUCCAAAAAUGGCCAAAAACAUUUUUGAGUAGCAAAGUAAAGCCCAAAACUUUUAAUCAGUGCCAACGAAACGAAAAAUAUUAAACAAAAGUGAACGCCCACGUAAUCACUUGUGCACACGAGAAAAGAAAAAAAAAAGUCGAAAUUUUAACAUACUUGUCCUCCAGCAAACUUUUGAUUUCGUUUCUACGUCCAACCAUACCAACCAUAAGAUCCGCUAAACACGCGAUUAGUCCUAUCGCGCGAGACAACGCACUGCACGUAAGAGAGCCAGGCCUCUUGAAGCACACCAACCAACACCUGUUCUAAAACGCGCGUGCGUUACAGCAACAUUACCUCGUGUUAACGUAUAGUACUUACACACUGUUAUUCCCCUUGCAACCAAGUUUUGCACGUAUAAUACAAGUCACUCACUGCUUAAUGCGCGAAGGAAGAAGUAGGAUAGACGACGACGGGGACACGAAAUGCGGUGCAACUUGCCACGUUCUGCUACCCACGCCAAGAAGAAGCGAAAGUACAUAUUAUGCGCAGGGGAGGAAACUUGGACUCGUAAGCCUUAAACUUUGCCGCGAACUUCUCUACUAAUCUCGCGACCCUUUUGUUGUUCUCACUUUAUCUUGGCUUGGAGCGAAACGGGCACAAAAUUCAUGCCCAACAUGACCAGCCGAUUAAUACAAUUUUUUUAUUCACAACAUCAUAGUCAGCAUCGAAUUUACAUCAGUUGCAUGCCUGCUAUUAAUAUUUGCAACGUGUAAUAUAAUGAACCUAUGUCGAAAUAUAAUUAGGCGCACUUCAUCAAAGCAAUAAGUAUAUAUACUUACCAGGGGCGCUGCACACGAAGUUGUGGUUUCAAUAACGCGCGAGGGCGAACAAAGUGUCAGAGGCGCUUGUAACGCUGGAAAGCCCGCAAGUUGCGCCGCACAAACGCGCUCCCGUCGAAAGCAGGCACGAGGUAGCUUCGUUACGUUGGAAAGUAUAGAAUAUAUAGCCGCCCUCAGACCCGAUAAGCGAGCGAACCGCGUCUUGUAAGCGCGUACUUUGCGCUAACGAUGUAACGUUUGGCUAACGCGUGAAUCCCUUCAAGUCCCGUGGGGAACGAGGAAAAACUGGCUGCCACGUAAUACGAUGAAUCGAAAUACGGAAAGAAAUUGAUGGAAAUGUAUUUUUAUUGGGCAUUGCACACGGGAUGCACUUUUCAGAUUUAAUGUGACGUGGUUAUGCAAUAGUAUGACGAUUGAAAAAAGAAUGGAGGAAGAUAAAACGAGGAGCCUAGCGUACAUGUGCAAUGUGAAGUUUAUUUGCAAUAGUUGAUGAUAAAUAUUAUUUAGAUAACCUCGCCAAAGCGAUUGCGCCGGUAUUUAAUUGAAGGAGAAGGUAUUUUAUAUAGUUACAGUUAUAAGGUUAUUGAUUCGUGCUGUCACGAAUAAGAUUGAAAUUUUUUGGAACUUUAUUGUUUAUUUAUUUUUUAUUUCUUGUUACAAAUGUUAUGAAACUUAGUGUAGAACAGGAGACACAUAGUAUGCCAAAGAAGUUUUAGAGAUCUGAUCUCAAAAUGCGGGGAAUGUAGGUAGAAAUAAAAAUAAUCGAAAAAUCGUCCCUCCACCUUGGAAACCUAACCGGCAAGUAGCUGAACGUGAUGGGUCCGAUAAACAUACUGAUAGUGAUAAUAAGGUCGAAGAACAAAAAAUAUGCACAAAGUUUUAAAACAGUUGCCAUGAUUUGUGCAUAUUUUGGUAGUUGAAAAAAAAAAAAAUUAGCACCCAGCAAUUCUUUUGGGUUUUCGAAUCUUGAUUUAGGUUUUGAUUCUUUAUUUUCAAUAGGUUGAUUGUUUACAACGAUAAAUUGACAUGCGAUAACAAUAUUACAUUUACAAAACCGCACAUAAAAUUUAGCAACGUAAUUGUAAAGAAAUUUUUUUUUUGUUUUAAAAAAAAUCGGUUUGCCUAGUGCACUCGAAAUUUUUAAGUUCGUGCUCUCACUUCGAUUACCACUUGAUGUAUAAGAUUAUGAUUAUUUCCGUGACGACCGGUAGAACAAACAAUGUAUUAUGUAAUAAAUGACAACCAUACAUUCAUUCGAUUUUCUAUUAAUAUUCCGACGAAUUUUUUGCUUCUACCCGUGAGAUAAGAGCCUGCGUUCAGAAAUAGAAAAACAUCGAAAAAAAAAAA